GAAAAACACAGAAUCCUGUCGCAAAAAAACGAGUCUGACUGGAGCAAGCGGAAAAAGAGUUAGGCAACAAUGGAGGACGGCGAAAUAGAGGAAGGGAUGGUGACGGCGGAGGAAUUACCGAUAUCAGAAGUACCGACGGAGUCUGUAGCUCCGCUGCGGGAGGCACAGAAAUCUCCACUUGAGUUGCUUCGAGAGACCAAAUCCUCCGUGGAAGAAAUCGUCGCGAGGAUGCUCUCCAUAAAAAAAGAAGGAAACCGUAAAUCCGAAAUUCGAGAACUCCUCACACAGAUGUUCCUCAACUUUGUUAACCUUCGUCAGGCGAAUCGUGCGAUUCUGACUGAGGAAGAUAAAGUGAAGGCGGAGACGGAACGAGCAAAAGCGCCGGUCGAUUUCACUACGCUGCAAUUGCACAAUCUCAUGUACGAGAAGAGCCAUUACGUCAAAGCUAUCAAGGCUUGCAGAGAUUUCAAAUCCAAAUAUCCCGACAUCGAUCUCGUUCCAGAAGAAGAUUUCUUUCGAGAUGCUCCUGAAGCUAUCAAAGAUCAAUCGCUCUCAACUGAUAAUUCCCAUGUUUUGAUGCCCAAGAGGCUCAAUUUCGAGCUUCAUCAGAGGAAAGAAUUGUGUAAGCGUCGAGCGAGAUUGGAGCAACAGAAGAAGAGUUUAGUAGAAACCAUAGCAGAGCGUAAGAAGUUUCUUUCAAGUCUUCCUCUACACCUCAAGUCUCUAAAGAAAGCAUCGAUUCCAGUACAGAACCAAUUAGGCAUACAUCACACGAAGAAGCUGAAGCAGCAUAAUCUAGCUGAGCUUCUUCCUCCUCCGCUUUACGUAGUUUACUCACAGCUCUUGGCACAAAAGGAAGCUUUUGCAGAGAGCAUCGAUUUGGAAAUUGUUGGGAGCCUUAAGGAUGCUCAAGCUUAUGCUCGACAGCAAUCGAAAAAGGAGUCGGGUAUAUCGAACAAUACAGAGAGUUCUAGAAUCGAAGAUGAUGGACCUGAUGAUGACGAUGAUGGACAAAGGAGAAGAAAACGACCUAAGAAAGUUACAGGCAAAGAAGGUUCUGAUAAGGCAGGGUUAUAUCAAGUCCACCCUCUCAAAAUCGUCCUUCACAUAUACGACGAUGAGAUUCACGAUAUCAAAUCGCUUAAGCUCGUCAUUCUCAAGUUUGAGUACGUGCUGAAGUUGAAUGUUGUGUGUGUUGGCGCUGAAGGAUCUCAGGAUGGACCUGAGAAAAACAUAUUCUGUAACUUGUUUCCAAACGAUGCUGGACUUGAGCCUCCUCAUCAGUCGACCAAGCUCAUCCUUGGUGAUGAUCAAGCAUUUGAUGAGAACCGAACUUCGAGGCCUUAUAAAUGGGCACAACAUUUGACGGGGAUUGAUAUUUUACCGGAAGUGUCCCCGGUUGUAUUUGGCCAAGAUACUCCUAACAUUGACUCAGCUAAAAGUGACGCGUUUGUGCCUGAUCUUUCAUUGUAUCGUCAGCAGCAUAGGGUGCAAACAGUACUUCAAAGAAUACGCUCGCGGAAAAAAGCGCAUCUGUCUCUUGCGGAUCAGCUUGAUAUGCUUAUGAAGCACGAGUUACCCGCUGUGAACUGCGAAGCUGCUCCUUGGGCAUUGCAUAAGGUUCUCUGUGCUUUGGAUUCCUGGUUACAUAUACGAUCUUCAGGUAGUAGGUCGCGCUCUGAGACUUUGAAUAGUGUAGAACAAGUUCCAGAACCUAUGGAAAUCGAUGUAGAUGGAAGAUCUAUUUCUGGUAAGGAAGAUCUCGAAAGUAUAAGGGAAGACGGAGAACUUCCUUCUUUGGUCCCAGCUGCAACUUCAGUAACCAGUUCUAAUCAUACCCCAUCAAAAGCAUCUAAUCUUGCUAGGUCCAGGCAGUUGGCGUUGAUGACGAAGAACCUAGAUUCUCCAGUUACCAAAAAGUUACUGAGUUUCAAGAGAUACGAGGAUGAUUUGGAUCUUGUUCUGGAUGAUGAUAGUGAAGUAGAUGAGCCAGCUGGGAAAACCGAGGCGCAUGCGGAAGUGUGCCCGGGAAAAGCUGAUAAUUCAUGGGUGGAUUAUGGUGUGAGAGAGUUUGCGCUUUUGUUCUCCAGAAAAACAAAUGGUGGAAAGCUGUGGAAGUUAGAAGCAAAGGUCAAGAUUAGCAUGGAGUAUCCUCUUCGACCUCCUUUGUUUUCUCUGUCUCUCCAUGCUUCCGGAAGUGACAACGGGACAAAUGAAAGAGACUUUUACAAUGAAUUACGAGCUAUGGAAGCAGAGGUAAACCUUCAUAUGUUGAAGAUUGUACCUUCAGAUCAAGAAAACCAUCUCCUAUCUCAUCAAAUCAGAUGCUUGGCAAUGUUGUUUGACUAUUACGUGGAUGACCCAUCUUCAGAUUUCAAAAGAGGAACAGCCACUAGUGUGGUUGAUGUCGGCUUGUGCAAGCCUGUAGACGGUAAGCUUCUUGUGAGAUCAUUUAGAGGCAGAGAUCACCGAAAAAUGAUCUCAUGGAAGGAUAGAGGAUGCGCCUCGGGUUAUCCAUGCUAAAUAGAGAUUACAUCGUUAUUCACUUCUCUAUAUUAUGUUUCUCUCUGGUGGUUCAAACAAAGCUUUUUAAGAUCACAAAUUUUACCAAGUUGGUAUUGUAGAACAGUUUAUUUUUAUUGCAUUGGGGAACUUGAAAAUUACGCUAGGACAGAUCUAUGGUGAAUAAGUUUUCUAGUCAGUGAUGUGAUCUGAAUGUGGUAAAUUUGCGAUCGAGUGACUUUCACAUUUGUCGUAUGCGUUGUGGUUUAUUGAUCUGAAAGGAUUAUUGAGUGAACGUCUAGUAUCAUAGAUUCAUCUGGAUGUCGUUGAAUCUUCUUUGUGUAAUCAUUGCAGUUUCAAGAACUUAAUGAUCGUUUUACUGAUGUAAAUAUUAAACUUUUUAUUUGCAUGGCUUAAAUCAUGAUGAUUA